AUGAACUCGGCACAGGGACUACCACCACCUUAUGAGCCUGAAAAACCCGUCAAUUAUCAACAACCACCACCACCAAUACCAAUGGCACAACCAAUAUAUGUCGGAGCUCCAAUUGUUAUUGUAGGUGACUACCCAAUGCAAUGUAUGUGUCCUCAUUGUGGAAGACAAAUUGUUACACGAACAGAAAAGAAGUCUGGACUUUUAGCCUGGAUUAUUUGUGCUGUUCUUUUCAUUUUUGGUUUGUGGCUUUGUUGUUUUAUACCAUUUUGUGUUGAUGGUUAACAAGCAACUUACACUUUGCAAGUUCAACCAAUGUCAACUACAUUUGGUAUGUAUCCAACAUCCCCUUCGAAUUUUUCACCACAAGCACCACCUUUUGGAAUGUAUCCAACAUCUGUUAUGGCUUUACCACCACAAGCACCACCUGUUGGUACUAGUAUGCUCAUAACAACGCAAUCGUUAAUGUUUGGCGAUAUACCUGUACAAUGUACUUGUCCUCAUUGUUAUCAAGUUAUUGUCACACGUGUUGAAAAAAAAGAAGGUGUACUACCAUGGUUAAUUUGUGGUGGAAUUCUUUUAUUGGGUGGUUGGCUAGGUUGUUGUCUUAUUCCAUUUUGUAUUGCUAGCCUCAAAGAUACUGAGCAUUAUUGUCCACAUUGCGCAGCUUUACUUGGUUCACGGCGAAGACUUUAG